AUAGGAGGCCCGCUUACUGGACCGUCGAGUGCUGCCACCUACCACCGUUCCGCCCGAGAAUUACCAGGGAAUGGAAAAUGUCGGCAACACGUGCUACCUCGACUCUGUGCUAAUGGCGAUGUUCGGUACCCUAACCACUUUCGAUUCCUUGCUGACCAGAGAUAUGGAAGACCCACGCAUUCGUGGUCUUCAACACGAGCUUCUGACUGUCGUCAACAGACUGCGAAAUGGAAGACUUGUAACGAAGGAGCAGAUGAAGCGACUUCUGGAUGUACUGCACACACUCAACUGGCCUACAGCCGAUGGCGAACGCAACAGCUACGGUCAGCAGGAUGCGAGUGAGUUGUUGAUCACGCUGUUGGAUCGGUUGGGCGGUCCUCUGCUGCCCAUGGAGUACCGUAUGGUGCAUGGGGCGAUGGACUCGAGUGGCGAUGAAACACUGGUCAAGGAGAGCAUUUUGCAGGUCAGCGUAGCCUCAGUAGAUGGUGACAACAGCUGUGACCGGCCCACUAAACUGGUGGAUGUGUUGGAAAACCACUAUUUUGGCGAGGACGUGGUCGAUAUCGAGCGUGAAGUGGAGUGCGACAAGAUGGGUGAUCCGAUUAAGCGAACGAAGGUAAAGGCUCUGAGGACGCUACACUCGCUGCCAUUCUACGACAGCCAAAGCGUACAAUGCAAUAGCCAGCAUCCACAAUCCACCCAGAAUAUCAUUAUACCCAUCUGCUUCAAGCGUUACAGUAAUGCUGGAGGCAUUCCGCGUCGACUGGAUAGGCGGGUAGAAAUACCUACUUCCUUGGACUUCAGCCAGUUUGUCAGUGCCGAAUCAAUGCCACCCCAGACGUACACUCUGGAGCUGAUGUCUCUGGUAUGUCACCAGGGACAACAAAUGAGCAGUGGUCACUAUAGGGCCUACAUCCGUACACUCGACGACGAAUGGUUAUUAUUCGACGAUUUGGCUACCCCAAG